CGUUCCGCCUGACGUGUUUCCGCCGGAUGUCUGUGUCAGUCGGACCCGUUCAAGAUGUCAGUGGAGCAGGCGCGCGCGAGUGGGCCAGUCAGUGACACCGAAGACGACAAAUCACACUUGAUAAGAGGUGGUGCUUUCCUCACUACUGUAGCCACAGCAGGUAUGAUUGCAGGGUUCGGUUGCACCCUUGCCGUGGCUAAGAAGAAGAGUCCUGAGUGGUUCAAUAAGGGUGUGAUCGGAACUGCUGCGGUGCCAGAAAGCGGCGCGGCGUUAGCAUUGCGGGCGUUGGGAUGGGGUUCACUUUACGCCUGGUGUGGAGUUGGCCUCCUGAGCUUCACCGUUUGGAAGGCCCUGGGCAUCCACAGCCUGAAGGAAUUUCGUCAGAAAAUGCAGUCCAUUUUUCCCGCCAUCCCCAAAAAUGAAGAGGCUCAAGAGAAUUCUGCUCCAUUUGACUGGAAUUCCAUCUUCGAGUCAAAAUGAGAAGAAUUUAUAAUCUAUUAUUAAAAACGGACAGCCUUAACUGACAGUCUGGGAAGAAUAUUUUUCAGCUUGGUCAAGUGUGAGCCAAAAUCGGUCAUUUUAGAUCCAGCAACAAGUAUCAAGUUUGUGGUCACAGCACUAGAGAAUGCCUCAUUGAAGGCCGAAAAGAUUCAACUUGGUUGUCUGCCUUAACUUCUUGUGCCACACUGGAAUUUACAAGGCCUGAGCCAAGAGACUUUGACAAGGGACUGAGGACAAAAACAUGUGCCCUGCAGUGAUUAAAGAAAAGCUGCAGAACGAUGUUGUUAGUGUUUUCUGUGCAUUGAGAGUAAUCUGUAAUCAUGUAAUCUGGUUAAAAUGUAUAUGUGACAAGCAGCACAGAGCACUGGGUAGACAGGAAAAUUUUUUUACCAAUCAUCCUUAACUUGCUUUUAAAUAAUACAAUAUUGAGGAUAUACAUGGUUUGGUAACUUUUUUUGGCCACUCUGACAAAAAAAUAACAACACUGAAAAACAACAUUCACGGUGCUCGACCAAAUUUCAUGUACAUUUACUUUUAACAUGUGGAACAUGUAUAAAGACUUUAUACUGAAUAAACAAUGGUCAUCAAAUCAUAUGGAGCAAAAAGAGCUUACAUAAAGAGUUGUACAUAUUUUCUGUUAAAGUCAUUUUGGGGUAACUUUCACAUUGAAUUACAUUUAUGCCAUCGGACGUCUUUCAGUUAGCCUGUAUUUUCCAAAAUCUAAGGCCAUUAGAGGGAGCCAUUGCUAUCUCUGUCACACAGAACUCCAUUAUAGGACACACAGGAAAGUCUCUGGGGGGCGUUCACACAGGACAAAUGCUUGCAUUAAAAACGAGAACUGAACAGGUGCGUUUAUGCGUUCCCAUAUACAGUUGCUAAUAUACAUGCUCGAUCCACUGGAGAUGCUUUUCCAGCACCCAAAUUCACCUGACUGGUCCACUGUUGUAAAACCGACAUGUUUUCUGCAGUGCAGCGUUUCAAAAUAUGCAUUUCAACUUCAACGGCAUCUUAGACCCCAAAAACAGCAAGGUGCAUCACAAUCACCGAAUAAUAUCUGUUGUGCACGUAUGACCAACAAUUAAAUAAAAAUAGCGCAGAUCAAAUGCAAGAACCCACCCUGUGUGAAUGGCCCCUUACACGUUUCAAGACUAUCCUCACCUGAAAACAAUGACUUAAUAUUUAUUCGCAAAAUGUCAAUAGCAUGUAGCAUAAACUACUCACUUUGUAUAAUACCACAUCUCUUGGAGGAAAAAAAAAAUGUGAAAAGGGGCCCAUUUAAUGUACAGUUCCUAUAUACAAAUCGACCCGUGGAUAUAGAAUAGAGAAGAAGAGAAGAGGGGUAACCAAAGCACUUUGAGUUCGCCGUCAGAGAGAGGACCCUCUGUGGCUGCACUAAUAUGGAAGCGAGUCAGUUUGGAACCAACACUCGCUUGACCCUCAGAUACUGGUGUGGUGAAACAGUGGUGGUCAGAUCAGAACAUUGCCUGUGGUCAUUCACAUUUCAUUAUCUCCCCUCUGAGCCAGCUAAAUCUAUUGCACAAUGCUUUUUUUCAGAGCUGUAUACAUGUCUUAAAAUCAGUGUUUUUUUGUUUUGUUUUGUUUUGUGUUUUUUUUGUUCUUUUAUCGCAACACAUUUCAAGAGAAAUUCUAUCUACAACAUGUCUCACAAUUUAAAUAAAUUUGCAUUCCCCGAAUAAACAAAGUCCCACAAGAAAAUAAACGAAACACUGCAUUAAAAACAUU